UACAUCAACACGCAUGGCCUUGAGUGCAUGGCGUCGUGCGAGCUGCUCUAAGUGCGGCGCGUAGGGCUUAUCUUAGCUCGCGCGGCCGAUACGCCUCACUUGAUCACUGACCGCCGCCGCCUCCGCAGGCGCUGCCGGCUCUAUCGCACACCGCGUUGUUUACAUACGUACGAAAUGCCGGCUCAUUAAAUACACCACUCUAAACAAACACUUUGAUUCAACUUCUAACAGUACAGUGAACAAUUUUAAAAAUGUGGCUCAGUGGUAUUUUACUAGUGGUUUUACUAUUCCUAACAGCUUUGUUAGCUGUUUUUCACUAUACGUCCAGAGGAAGAAAGUAUUGGUUAAACAGAAAUGUGCCUUACAGGGAACCUUGUCCCUUAUUCGGGAACUUUGGUGCGACGUUUACGAUGAGAAGGAGUUACACGCGAAUGUUAAAGUUUUUUUAUGAUAACUACAGAGGCUAUAAAUUUGUUGGACUGUUUCAAGCUCGUAGACCAACCUUAAUGGUGUUAGAUUUAGAUGUGGCUAAAACCGUAUUCUCUAAGGAGUUCCAGUGCUUCAGCGAUCGCGUGUCGGUGUCAACAGAUACACAGCGUGAGCCGCUGCUUCGUAACCUGGCCAACAUGAGCGGAGCUGAGUGGAAGGCAAUGCGACACAUCGUAACACCAACCUUCUCGUCUGCUAAGAUGAAGGCUAUGUUUCCUUUGAUAGCUGAAUGUGCUCAAACAUUGAAAACCAUCAUGUUGAAAGAAGCUGUAGAAGAUAUGAAUGUACCCAGUGUCAUGAUGCGAUUUACUACCGAUGUUAUUGGCAGCUGCGCUUUUGGCGUAGAUCCUGGAGCCCUCAAAGAUCCAGAAUCACCAUUCCUCAAGAUGUCGCAGAAGAUGUUUAAGCUCGAUCGUAAAACAAUCCUCAAACGAUACUGCCGCGCGUUCUUCCCCAGAUUAUUCAAAUUAUUGAAUCUGCGAUCUUACGAACCUAGUGUAGAGACUUUCUUCACCUCUAUCAUUAACCAGGUUUUGUCAGAGAGAAGGUCUGGAGUUCAAAGACACGACUUUCUGCAACUUAUGUUAAACGAACAAAAGACAGAUUCAGGAUUCUUAAUGACGGAUGCCUUAAUAACGUCUAACUCAUUCAUAUUUAUGCUUGCGGGAUUGGAAACGUCGGCGACCACUUUGUCUUUCUGUUUGUACGAAUUAGCAAAGGACAAAGAAAUACAAGAUAAUUUAAGAAAGGAGAUAUUGGAAUGUUUGGAAGAGCACGACGGGCUGAACUAUGAAGCUGUGACUGCGAUGCGGUUGGCAUACCAGGUGGUGGCGGAGACGCUGCGGCUGCACCCGCCCACGCCGAUGACCACGAGGCUCUGCACGGCGCCCUGCACGCUCGACGGAGAACUCACGCUCAAAGUCAGGGACCCCGUGUUAAUACCCAUACAUUGCAUUCAAAGGGACGCUAGAUAUUUCCCAGACCCAGACAAAUUCGAUCCAGAGCGGUUUAAAGAUGAUUUAAAUCCUCCUGGAUUUAUGGCCUAUGGAGAAGGACCAAGGAGUUGUCCCGGUGCACGCUUCGCGCAGCUGACGGUGGUGGCCGGCUUAGCUUCAAUCCUCAGUACCUUCGCGGUGGUUCCCUGCGAGCGAACCACUCCUCGAAUCCAGUACGACCCAAGAAGUGUCAUGCUGAAGAACAAAGGAGGAAUAUGGCUGAAAUUUGAAGCUUUGCAAUAACAAAUAUGACUAAACUAAAACUAAAACUUUUGGUAUAAGCUCUAAGAAGUGCAAAAUGAUAAUUGCACUGGUGAAUGUGUAUGCGAAUGUCAGAAACAUUCUUUAUGCCACAUAAAUGUUGCAAAAGCUGUAUGAUACAUCUUCUAGUAAGUUGCUGACCCAGAAAAAGACGAGGAAAAUUGAAAUAUAACUAUUUGUCUCUAUUUAAAUACGGUCAAUGAUCUAAUUGUAGUUACACAAAAAAACCCAACGUUCCUCCAAUAAAUAUGUAUGUAGUGAGUUAGAACCUUACAGUUUUAAAGUAAAGAAGAUCGUGUAUUUUGUUCUAGGCGCUGUAUGUGGUCCGAUUGUAAGCCAAGUCGUGAUUUAUAUUUUAAACAAAAUUAUGUUGUUGUUGGGUUCUAACUGAUUAGAUUAGAAAACUACUCUCCCCGUUAGAGAUAUGAGUUAAAGUUUAGUUAUAUCAUAAAAGUCAUGUGAUAUUAUCAACUCACAGUUACUUAACCAGACGCAUUGCUCUGAUUCAUCACUACGCUCCAGGGUAGCUUUAAUGUACAUAUUCAUUUCAUAAAAAUGGAUAUUGUAUUUCAAUUCCCAAGUAAUAUUGUCUUACUGAAAAGUCCAGAAUAUUGCACUUGGUACCUGAUGCUUGUGGGAUGCUAAAAGUUAUAUCACGGAACACUAACCACGAGGCGUGGCUCCCACCUGGCUGGGAUUUUUCUACGCCAUAAGACUUAACAAUAACUAUAUAGUGUUAAUUAACACAACUUUAUUAUUUGUGGUUUGAGAGCGUGUAAAUUGUUUGCUAAGAAUUCUCUUAUUUAUUUUAUUUUAGGUGUGACUUGUAAGUCUAUUAUAUAACUCGGAUAGAAUAAAAUAUAAUUCGGUUUUUCAGCUAAGGUGUUAAGUUGAUAAUGGUUAUAAACUUGCAAUAGUUAUAUAUUGCAGUGGAAGUUCGUUCAAGAUUACCUAUGUAGCUACUAUUAUCGUUUAUUUCUGUUUACUGAACUGAGUCCAAUAGAAAGCUUCGCUAAAUUGUUUCUAACUGCUAGGUUCUUCAGUAAGAAACUGUCGAAGACGACGCCGCAGGCUCAAGCCUGAGGUAUUGAACUUAACUCCAGGAAAACAUUGACGUGACAAUUAGAAAUCACGUUCAUAUAUUAUGAAUACUCAAUAAUUCAUCAUAUCAUUGUCUUUCUCUUUGAACUGUGUGAAUCAUCCGGAAGCAGUUAUCGUAAACUAUAAUACUUAUAUUCUAUUGUUUUAGUUACAAACUACAUUCUUGUAUGCAGAAUAGCAUUUGAGUCUACUGUGACAUGUGAAUAAUCAUGUUUUUAAUCGAUUUGUCAUCGUGCAAUACAAACCCAUUUUUAAUUUCUAGUUUAUUUUUCCUCGAGUUAAAAUUUUGAUUGACAAGGAUAAGAUAACAUAUUUCAGCUGGAAAAUACUUUGAGAUUGAGAGAACAACACUUUUCUGACAUGGAAUGAUGAAAUGAAAUGCUUAAAUAAGUUAUAGCUAAUGUAACAAUCUAUAAAUAUUGUCUGGAUAUUGUCUGAUGUUGUCUGCAAAAAUAAUAAAAUGCUUCAUUAAACAUUCAGACAGAAAGCUGUAAAUUAUAUAAAUAGAUUAGAAAACGUAAUCACGCUUUAAACUAUCUUCAUUUAAUGUUAUCUAGCUAAAUUGAAUUUUUUUUUUAAAACAAUGGACUAUAAAGUUUACCACAUAAUUUAUUUGAUGAAUAAAAUAUGAAGCGGAUCUUCUGCUAUUGAUUAUGUGUUUGCCGAACCGCAGAGCCGAUAUUUAUCGAUCAGCUGCAUCAGUAAGCAAUCACUGAACACACGCUGCGGCUAAUUGCUCAUGUAAUUGCACUAAAUAUCGACCGACAGCAGAAGGGUCUUUUUAUUAGUCUUUAUCGUGGUUAAACGACGACUCAAAUAUAGAGUGCGCUCCGUGUCUAUUUUUAAGUUACUUUGUUUUUUUACACUAGCUAUUGUAUGUACCAGAUAUCUUCGAACCCAUCGCUUUCUGCCGUAUCUGAUACAGAAAACUGGUUUAUAAUGUUUAAAAUAUUACACUACGUUUUAUGGUUGGCAUUAUUUUUUAAUGAACUCCGUUUUAUUCAUAGUUUAUAAGCGUGUUGUUAGUGUAUCUAGUUUAUGUUCUCUAUAAUGAAAGCAUCUGGCAAUCUAAAUGCAAAGGUAUUAUUGAAUAUCCAGGCUACAACAGCUCUGCGGGGCUUGAUGACAAGUCUGAUAGCCGCCUUCUUUAUCUAACAUCAGAUAAGUAUUUCUGAACGAACGAAACACAACAGACAGUGACCUUUUGUUAGCAACUAGCUAUUUAUUAACUGCUAAUGAAAUAAAUAAAACAACUUUUGUAAAUUAUGGACUCGACCGUUUAACAAAUAGACACAAUAAUUUUGCACCUUGUGUUGAAUGUUUACUGUGAGAAUGAUUAAAUGUAUAAGUUUUACGUCAUUAAUUAAAAGUACUGUAGAUAGUCUCAAAUGCCUAAAACUUAUUUAAAUUAAUGCUACUUAAUUAAUCCUUAUGUGUAUAAAUAGACUUGAAUUUCUAAGCUAGAUAGUAUUAAACUAUUUUGUCAACUUAUGUUUAAUUUUGUACCUGCGUCUUAUAGUGUAUAGUAUUAGGUAUGAUGUACUUUAUCAAUAUACGCAUCAAAGCACAA